AUGCGCGAUCCUCGGCAGUAUGAAGAACGGAUCUGGGAGCGAUGUCUGGCGACAGGCGAAGCACACGAAAACGUGGUCGUCAGCAUUAAGAGCUCCAUGGAACCAAGACUCCUGGAGCACCUUGCGCACUACGAGUUCCGCUCCACUGUGGAGGCGGUGACGGAAACGCGCUUGCAGGAGGAAAUCAAGCGCCGGGCUGGCAGCCUGAUGAAUGACCACGUCCCAGAUGUGGCCAAACUCUUCGACGACAAUCUGAAGAUGGACAUGAAGGUGCAGGACAUUGGCGCCCGCAUCGCGAAGUAUUUCAUGGACUUCGACCGCAUUGUCGACGUGCAUGGACUGGGUACCUGGGUGGGUCGAGGAGCUGUGACUGACGCGGCUGGGCGUCAGCGCGUGAAGACCCGCUGCAAGCUGCUGAUGACCAACUUGUUCCCAGCCGUGUUGCGUGUAGACAUCGAGCGACUUGUUGCCGUCACGCACCAGCAGGCGAAACAUGAUGAUGUAGCUUUGUAUGAGCUGAUCGUUUGCAGGGCGAAGAGUCAGCAGCAUUAUCACUCCAUGUAG